AUGUCAGGAUUAUCGGCGAAAGAAGCGUUUUCAAAGCUUCCUCAAAAAUUGCACAAUUUCUUUAUAAAGUACCCGCCUAGACCUUUUGCCGAGUAUAAAACGGGCCCAUCAACUACUAACGACCCAUUGAAGAAUCCAUUUUUUCCAAACAAAAAUUUAGAAACAGGCAAAUGGUACAACUCGCUAUAUUCACGUCGAAGAUCUGCUGAUUUGUUCAAAUUGGCUAAGAAAUUUGGGAUACAGGACCUUUUACCGCAAACACCACGAAAAUUCCAUGAAGAGAAGUAUAAUAAUAAGGUAUGGAUGCAAGGAAUGAUCAAACCUGCUGGACGAACUAAUCCGGCUGAAAUAGAAGAGAAGCUAAAGAAGAGAGAAGAAGCAAUUAAGAAUAUGGACAAGAUUAUUGUAAAGGCUAGACCGGGAUUCAAGAAGUUAUUAAAGAAGAGGGCCGAGAAACAGCCAACUUGGUUUUAA